AUGACCCGCGACAUUCGGCAGCGGGCGCUCGAGAAGAUCGCGUCUCUGUCUGCUGCCAGCUCCAAAACGUCCUUCGAUCGUUCUGAUCUUGACCGACUGUGCAAGGCGACUCAAGCUGUUGGGAGGGGAGUCAAUGGCUACUCUGCCAAACAGGUUUCGACGUCUCUCGGGAGACAGCCUAUGACGAUUCGCGAAUUUGAGGUCCUGUUAUCGCUGUGUAAAGCCGCUCCAGCAAUCCAGACGAGCCAGAGUGCUCAGAGACUUGCUCACCAGUUGAUUCCCUACAUCCUUGAGGCGCAUACUCAGGUCUUCGUGCCGUCGCCUUUCUUCCGAAACGUCGAGCCUUCUCCGACUGAAGCGCUCGCGUUCCACGUAACGGCCGCGCUACUUUCUCUCGGCUCCCACUAUGACGACUUGCAUGAGGUUGUCUCGGACAAUAUUUGGGCAUUUGUUAAUGCCUGUGACCAUGUGGCGGAUCGUGUUGUACCUCCCGGCGGCGACGAUGAGGACCCAAAUCUAGAGGAUGCCAUUAGUACAGCCACGAUCGCCGUGUCACUUCUGGGCUUCCUCGACGCAGCCUCGGCGCAAGCGGAUUUUUGGAGAGCUGGGGGCAGAUACUCCCUGAUCACUCGCUUCAGGGACAUUCUGUCGCAACCGUUCUUGACCGCUGUCGAGACGGCUUUCUCGACCAUCCGGAACUCGCAAUCCUCAGACCGCCAUGCGAGAGAAUGGAAGAGGUACCUUCGGCACUACUCUGCUGCUGGACGGCCUCUCGGGGCGAUUCUUCUCCAAAGGAGUUAUAUGUGGCUAUUAGUUGCCGGCACUUCACUGCUAGUCACUGAAGCCUCUCUCCUACGUGGCACCCACAUCCUCGACUUGCUCAUGUCGGGAGAUGGAGCGUACAGGCCAGGCUCUCCGCGAAGCCCUGACGCUGACUAUCGGUCUCUUGACAUGUACACUGCCAUCGCCGUAGAACAAAUGAACUACUUGGAGGCAACUGCUGAUUACCUCCAACUUGGGUCUUCUUGGCAGCAGAGACUUGCUUUUGCGGUCAAGUCAGCGACUCUCAUCAGCUACCUCAACUGCGCGCUUAUCAACGAGGAAGUUGCUGACAUCGAUGUUCUCAUCGGGUGGUUAGAAGAAACCCUGGCAGAUCCUCUUCAAAUGGCAGACGAAGCCUUGGCGGCGAACGUAUUGAGGUCCAUUGCCUUGGUUUGCAAGAUCUCCCCCAGCUACGCCGCAACUGCAAGCCGGCUUCUACCUCGGUUCAUCGUCCAAAGUGCGCCCCACGCCCGUACUGUUGCUGUUGCAUCGAAGAGCCUGGCCUUUGUUUUACAGAUGCUCUCUCAUGAUGCUGUCAUCACUACUCUGUAUACGCUCGGUAAUGUUUUGAGUCCUGGUUCUGAUAGAUCCAUGGCCAAUGGUACCAACGGUGACCUUGGUUUGGAUGUUCCCAACACCAUAUAUCCCAACCGCCAAUCAACAGGAAGCAGCAUUUCUCUUGCCUUCACUGGUGAGGAAGAAACUGCCAUGGUCUACGGAAAUGUAGUCCAGGCAAUCUGUGGCAUUGCCACUGCUUGUAACGACGAGAAAAUCACCGCCUUAGCGCAAUCCAUGUUGCUGCAAAAGAUUGACAAGGUCAACAACAACGUUGAUGCUCAGAUCAUUAGUGGAGCUGCCGCUCUUGCGCUGAAGGGUGGACAGCUCGAGUUUCGGUCGUUACUGAAGGUGUUCUCCAGAAUGUGUCAUAUUGGAGUCGUGGAGCAUAAAGACUUCCUACUUACUGCUGUGAUGAAAGCCCGAACUUAUAUCUCGGCAAACCUUUUCAAGGAUUCGCCGCUGUACGACAUUUACUGGGAGCAUUUGCUUGAGAGCAUCAUUUCCAUGGGUGAUGCUCAUCAAUCUAACCACACCAAGGAUGCCGAUGUGCAGCUGGCCGCUCGAGAGAUUGCAGAGUUCUUGCACCCUCUGGCUGUGCUGAUAUCUACCAACGACCUAGCCUUUAACUCCAUCACGGACGACGAGUCGCACUCUAUGAUAAGAGAUGCGUGGUUCAACAUCGUUGUUCAUGGAUUCACAACUCAAACUGAUAUGGGCAAGAAGUAUCUGAACGAAUUGCGGAUUAUGGCCGUCCACUCACCCCCAUUGGUCGCGGAACAACGCGGGGAGCAGAUUGAGAGUGAUAUCGAGCUUAACACCGUCUUGCGCCGCGGCAUGAGCAACGAGAGGGAGACAGUGCAGAAGAGGCAACUUACUGAGUUGAUCCCUAACAAAACUACAGAGAUCAAAGGGCUGAGCUAUCGGAAGGUCAUCUUCUUACAAGCGGCCUACUUGGUCGAGAGCCUACGCGCCGAUGCUGGCGACUGCACCAAGGCCCUUUCAUACUUUUUGGAGCCUAGCAUGCGCAGAGGAGAAGUUAGCAGCACUAUGGAGGGUAUUGCUGCUGCUGUGGUCGACAAGUAUUUGAGAAAGACUCUUGGGGGCACUGAUGCUACUUUCUCAGCUCAGUACGCAGCCAGCCAACUCGUGGCCAUCUUUUGUGGUUGCUGCCACCGGAUCGAGCGUGUUCAGCAAGCUGCCUUUACCUGUGCCGACCGUAUCAUUAACCAAGUUCCCUCAGCUCUGUGCCACAGGUCCUCCCUGUUUGCUCUUUUGGAGCUCCUCUCGUUGAUGUGGUCAAGUUGUCUGGAAGCCGAGACAGACCUCUAUGCUCCACGAUCAAAGUUCACUUCUAGCCUUGGAGAUGUGUCCGUUGAGCUCUCAGACGACUACAACUUUCGGCGACAUACUUUGGAUGUCCUUAACCGUAAGGCAAAGCAGUGGGUAUCCAGCGUAAUUGGCCUUGCUCCUCUUGACAUCAAGGGUCUCUUGCAAACAUAUCUGUCAGAAUUUGACGAUGAAGGGACAUACGGUCAUAUCUCACUAGGCCGCUCUUUUGCUAUCGAACUUGGCUCCCUCAUGCCAUCAACAGACCAAAGACUGCAAUCUCUCGACCGUGUUGGAGAUUGCAGCAUCAAUACUGGUUCCGAUUUCGUUGCGCAAUACACAACUCGCCAAGAGUAUCGAUAUGGCGAGACGCUGCCGGACCGUGGUACCGAGCUGGUGAGCUUCAUGCAUUUGAAUCGGAGGGCUUCCUUCUUGCAAUCAUCAGUCUCGCCUGCCAGCGAAAGUGCUAAUGCUUCUACCGCACUGGCUCAUGUGGAGGCACGUAUUAAAAGCAAGAAAACGACUGCACUCAACGAGGUUCGUGACAUCCUGCGCCGAGCUGCGGCCUUGCUCUGCCGCAGUGGCCGCGAUGAGUCUGCGGUAGCACAUUAUCUUGUCAGCAUUCCUUUCGCUAUGUUUACGAAACAGUCAAUUAAGCUUGGUGUUUCCCUUUGGCUGGGAGUUAUUAAUGAAAACCCGCGCCUCGAGCCGAGACUUCUCACAGAGAUUGCCCAGCAAUGGGAAGCGACCAUUCAGCAGAGGCUUGGACUUUUCAGCCAGUCGAUGUCGCAUCCAGACCCUUUCUUUCUCAAGGAAGAAUUUGCACCAAGUGACCUCGAAGCCUUGGCCAAGCGUAAGCAGCAGGUUCACAACCUGUUGUCUCCGCAUAUGCGUUUGUUGCAGUUCUUCGGAAGUCACUUUAAUGCAACCCGCUUAGGCAGCCCUGAUGUACAGAGGAUAUUCCUGCGUAUCCUCGAUGCCACGCUAGAUGCCGUGCGGACAUCAACGCCUCAUCCGAUGGCACGAGAACUGAGAUUCCAAAUUGUGUUGUUUGGACUCAAUGUCUUGCAUGUCUGUACCACCAUUGGUGCCAUUGCACAGUGGAGGCUUAAGGAAAAGAUUCUGUCGGCUGCACUCAGCUGGUUCAGGUUUGCGCCAAGGUGGUCUUUUGGUAGCAAUAUCCUCCAGCUCAAGACAGAACUCCGUCUUCUCACUGAUAUUGUGGCUGCCCUGAAGAAUGUUGCUUUCAUCGGUGGCCAUGCCGUUGACAGCAUCAAAUCUCUACAGGCCAAGGAACAGCUGCUGAUAUUGCUUUUGGAGAGCGAGUUAACCCGAUUAUCGGUGUGGGUGCACCCACUUGGUGAAUCCACGAAGGCAUCAGGUUCUAAUAACAAGACGGCGAUUGAGGCUGCUCUCAGUCCUCUCAUAAGGGUUGCGUGGGCCGAAGAUCCGUCCAUUGCCAUUGAACUAGUCACUCGAUUCCCUUACCCUCGCAUUCAACGUGAUAUAAGAUGGCUUUUGAUCAAUUUCCCCCAGAAAGCCAUUGCUGAGCCUGAGGCCUUGCCAAUCCUUUUGGGCGGGUCUCUACCAAACGACGUCAGCUUCCAACUAAAAUACCUACUGUUCUGGUCGCCUGUCAAUCCCAUCACGGCUGUGACUUACUUUCUCCCUGCCUAUCGGAAUCACCCAUUCUUGAUCCAAUAUGCAAUGAGGGCUUUGGAGAGUCAUUCUAGCGAUGUUACCUUUUUUUACGUUCCGCAAAUCGUCCAGACCCUGCGGUAUGACGCACUGGGUUACGUUGAACGGUACAUUUUGGAGACGGCGCAAUUUUCGCAGUUAUUCGCCCAUCAGAUCAUUUGGAAUAUGAAGGCCAACGCGUACAAAGAUGACGACGCGACAAUUCCUGACGCCAUCAAACCUACGCUUGACAAGGUCAUGGAGAAAAUGAUCUCAAGCUUCUCUGACGUCGACAAGGUCUUCUACGAGCGCGAGUUUGCCUUCUUUGACGAGGUCACUGGUAUAUCGGGCAAGUUGAAACCCUAUGUCGGCAGACCAAAGCCUGAAAAGGCGCAGAAGAUUGAGGAAGAACUACGCAAGAUCAAAGUCGAGGUCGGCGUAUAUCUUCCAAGCAACCCCGAUGGCGUAGUCAUUGGUAUCGACCGAAAGUCGGGCAAACCUCUUCAGAGCCAUGCCAAGGCGCCAUACAUGGCAACUUUCCGCAUCAAGAAGGCUAAAGGCGGCUUGGAAGAAGCGAACGAGAUGCUGGAAGAGGCACAUAAGAAGGAUCCGCAGCCCCAAGAGAAUACAAUUGAGGUGUGGCAGUCAGCCAUUUUCAAGGUUGGUGAUGACUGCAGACAGGAUGUUCUUGCACUGCAGAUGAUUGCCGCUUUCCGAGGCAUUUUCCACAACGUCGGCCUGGACGUUUACGUCUACCCUUAUCGCGUCACGGCGACAGCUCCUGGCUGCGGUGUCAUCGAUGUUCUGCCGAACUCCGUGUCUCGAGACAUGCUCGGACGCGAGGCAGUCAACGGCCUUUACGACUACUUCAUUUCCAAGUACGGCAACGAAGACUCGUUGCGCUUCCAGCAAGCCCGCAGCAACUUUGUCAAGAGUAUGGCAGCCUACUCCAUCAUUUCGUUCCUUCUACAGUUCAAGGACAGACACAACGGAAACAUCAUGAUCGAUGAUGCGGGCCACAUCUUGCACAUUGAUUUUGGUUUCUGCUUCGAUAUUGCACCUGGAGGUAUUAAAUUCGAGCGCGCGCCAUUCAAGCUGACAACGGAGAUGCUGGCGGUUAUGGGCGGCAGCCCGCACCACCAGGCCUUCAAGUGGUUCGAGGAGCUCUGCGUCAAGGCCUUCCUCGCAUCUCGACAGCACUGCGAGAAGCUCAGCCAGAUCGUGCUCCUGAUGAUGGAUUCAGGCCUGCCAUGCUUCAAGCCUGAGAGCGUACAGCAUUUUAAGGAGCGUUUUGUGCUGGAGCGUAGCGAGCGCGAGGCGGCUGACUUUGUCAAAGAUUUGAUUCGGAGAAGCGCCAACAGCUACUCGACUGGCGUCUAUGACCAGUUCCAGCUCUUGACCAACGGUAUCCCGUACUAA